AUUUCAAAUUUUGAUCGGCCCACCGGUUCGGAUCCAAAAAUCAUUGCCAGUUCUGAUUUCAAUUUUGACCGGAUCGUGGCUGGGUUAUCUUUCCCUCGUCUCUUCUUUCUCGCUCAGUCGUGGCCACCCAAGAAAGAACGAAGUCCAAAGGAGAGAGACUUUACGAUGCUGGAGGCAAGAAGCCUGAGUAAGGCCGUUGUCUCUUCAACUCUGAUUGAGAAUCCUUCUCCUGGAAAUCUCCAGCCCACUCGACUUGCUCUCCAUGUUAAUGAGGAUGCCUCUUCUUGUUGGGUCUACAUGGCUUCUGGUUGUCACCUCUACAAACUGCAGGUUCCAAUGCAAGAUUCUUCUGUUAACAAGGGGAAAGAAAGCCUUCUCAUCCCUCUCCAAACACAGGUCAUGGACUCUUCAGUAGUUAACCGCUGCCCUCAUCGUUCAGAAAUUCAGAGCAUAGUGCUCUGUGAAACUGAAAGCGUUGGUAACUUGGUGUUGGGAAGUGUGGAUUCCUACGGUCAUCUUAUUGUCUCUAAGCUAGAUAGUAGUGGUAAAGAUAUUGAUAGCCUUACAUAUUCAGUAUCGCCACGGGAUUCAGGUGUUGGAGAAGGUAGUUGGGCAGGGCUCUGUUUCAGUCCAAGUCAAUGGUCAAUGGCAGCUGUAGCCCAUAGCUUCUGCAAAAGCAUUGAUGUUUAUGACCAAGACAUUCACCUGCGAACUUUGCGUACACUCUGGUAUCCAUCCUCAUUGAACUUUUUGCAGAAUUUAAAUCAUGGAGAUGGAAGUUCAAUUUUAGCCGUCACUGAGGGCUGCCAGCUGACAAUAUGGGACUUGAGGAUGAAAGAAAAUGGUGGCUGUCUACAUCGAAUUUGUGGUUCUCUUGGUGAUAUUUUCUAUGCUGUCUGCAGUUCAUCAACUGGUAAUAUAGCUGUGGGUGGAGCUGAUCGCACUGUGACUAUUUAUGAUCCUCGGAGAUGGUCACCACUAGCAAGAUGGGUGCACUGUUCAAAAUAUGAGAUAACUGGACUUGCAUUCUCAUCACUGGACUCUGAUUAUAUCUAUAUUCAAGGGGUUGAUUAUGAGGUUUUUUGUGGCCAAUGGAAAGAGAGCAAUAAAGUAUUUUCGUUUAGAGGAGACUCAAACUGGCUUGGGUUCAGUAAGUGCUCAAAUUCAAAUAGGGAUUUACUAGGCGGAUGGUGUGAUUCUGGUAGUGUGUUCCUGGCUGAUGUUGGAGCUAAUGGAAGCUAAGUGAAAAACCUGAAAGGUAUAGGAAAUGGACAUCCCGAGUGGUUGUUGAGCCGCCUUCUUUUCUUCUGUGCUGGCUUGUACUCCUUGCAUGUCCGUGAAUUUUGUCAAGUCAGCAACCUUUUAUCGUCAUACUUGCAAGCAGGUAUUUCAAGCAGCCAUUGCUUCCAGUCAAGCCAUCGCAGUCAUGAUGUUUAAGCUGUUCAAAAGCUAAAGUCAAUGUGCAUGAUCCAGUCAUAUAUUUGUUUCCUGGAAUCUAGCAUCCACUUCAAUUUUGUGUUUUGGCCAUCCAAGUUUGGCUCUGCCUAUGAAAGACCGGAAUUUGAUAAGCUGCUUUGAGCCUGGAUGAUUAUAGUUUGAAGGAUUUAUUCUUUUAUGGGUUGGUCUUCAAGAUGGCUCUCCAUAUUGAUUUGAAUGUUCUAGUUACAUUGACCGAGGCAAGUGGCUGCCGGGAAAAAAAAAUCAUGACUUUUAUUUUAA